AUGGCGACAGGCAAGAACCUCAAUAUAGCGUCUCAUCAUGAGCAGUACACCUGCCCCCACCCAAUGCAACUCCCGCAGACGGAUGAUUACGCAUGCAAAAUAUCGCGGCUCGUAACCCUCCUCGGAACCUCCUCACAACCAAAUUUUGAAACCCGGCCCCUCCUAGACAUAAAGCUCAAAUUCAUCCGCAAGCAAAUGCUGCCCAGAACGGUUCCCGGGCCUGGGUAUCUGGAGUGGGAGACUAAGCUUAAGAAGAUUGGGUACGAUGGGAGGCAUAUCAGUCAGCCAAUAUGGCGCCGCACCCAUGCCCGUUGCUGCAAAUGCCGGACAUCACACCCGUGGAAGUCCUGUCCCGGAUGCAAUCAUUUUAUCUGCGCCAUGUGUUUUGACGGUGUAGAGCACGCAAAGUAUCCCAGUUAUGAAAAAUGGUUGAAGAUACAAGAGAAGCAAGGCAAUGGGUAUAGCCGUGAUGAGAAUGUAGAGGAUUGGUUUUGUUGUUGGGAGUGCUAA